AUGUGUUUUAUUGACUCGAGAAACAGAAACAGGAAAACACAAGAUGAAAGAAACGAAACACGAAUAUUANUAACUGGUGUUAUAAACAAUGCGUUUAUGGCAAAUUUAGCGGCAAUCGAUAAAGAAUUAUUAGAGGAAUUAUGUGCUUUCCUUAAAUUUUUUGAUCAAGCUAUUGAUGAACUAAGUGAAGAAGAAAAACCAACUAUGCACAAAGUUAUUUCUAUUCGACAGUUAUUACUUAAUCAUUGUGAUUUAAAAUAUGAAGAUAGUGGUGAACUUAAACAAUUAAAAUGUUUCGUUGGGGAACGUAUUAAAUCUGUCUGGACUGUUCAAGAUCAACAUUAUAUGUGUACACUACUUCAUCCUUCGUUGAAGCGUUUUGAAAUAGCUCCGAAUGAAAAAUCUAAAGCCAUUGCAUUAGUAAGACAGGAAUUAUUAAAACGUUCAUUACCAUUAUCAAACAAUAUUACUGCUACUGAUCAUGAAGGAGUAGCUACGAAUCCAUUAAUUAUGAUUGAUAAAUCAAAACUAAUUACUUCUAAUUAUUUAUUAACUCGUUGUUUUGAUCAACGACCAUUAAUUCCAAAACCAGUUUUAACACCAACAAGUGAAUUAGAUAAUUACAUGUCAUCAGAUAUACAACUUCGUGAAAAUGAUAAUGUACUAUUGUUUUGGAAAGAAAAUACCGAAUUAUUUCCAAUAUUAUCAUCGAUGGUACGUGAUUUAUUUGCAAUACCAGCUUCAAACACAACAGUUGAAAGGUUAUUCUCAUCAUCAAAAAAUACUGUUACAGAUCGACGAACUAGUUUAAACGGGAAAAACGGUAAUGAAUUGCUGUUUCUUCAAAAAAAUCUUCUUUCUUUACAACGAAUAGAUAAAGAUGCAUCAAUUAAAAACAAGGAACAAUUAAAAAGAAAAAUAUCGACAACUAAUGAUGAACAAGAUUUACUUAUUGAAGGCAAAAACAAUUCUGUAUCAUCUACAAUGACUAAAUGA